AUGUCGAAACGCGACAUCGUCCUCACCAAUGUCACCGUUGUCCAGCUACUGCGACAGCCAUGCCCGGUGACCAGAGCACCACCCCCACCUGAGCCCAGGGUUGAGGCAGAGCCCCAGCCCCAGCUCCAGCCCCAGCCCGAGCCCCAGCCCCAGCCCCAGCCCCAGCAAAUCAAGGAGGAAAUUCCACCUCUUCCACCUAAGAAGGUUUCUGUGGCUCGGAAGCUGACCGUCGGCAUCAAUGGAUUUGGACGCAUUGGCCGCCUGGUGCUGCGUGCCUGCAUGGAGAAGGGCGUUAAGGUGGUCGCAGUGAAUGACCCAUUCAUUGACCCAGAAUACAUGGUGUACAUGUUUAAGUAUGACUCCACCCACGGCCAAUACAAGGGGAGUGUGGAAUACAGGAAUGGACAGCUGGUCGUGGAUAACAAUGAAAUCAGUGUCUUCCAGAGCAAGCAGCCCAAAGAUAUCCCCUGGAAGUCUGUCGGGAGCCCCUUUGUGGUGGAGGCCACAGGCGUGUACCUGUCCUUAGAGGAAACUUCACCCCACAUCGAGGCAGGUGCCCUGCGUGUGGUCAUCUGUGCACCCUCUCCGGAUGCACCCAUGUUUGUCAUGGGGGUGAACGAAAAGGACUAUAACCCAGGCUCCAUGAAAAUUGUCAGCAACGCAUCCUGCACCACCAACUGCCUGGCACCCCUCGCCAAGGUCAUCCACGAGCGAUUUGGGAUUGUGGAAGGGCUGAUGACCACAGUCCAUUCCUACACUGCCACCCAGAAGACAGUGGAUGGUCCAUCGAAGAAGGCCUGGCGAGAUGGGCGAGGCGCCCACCAGAACAUCAUCCCAGCCUCCACAGGGGCUGCCAAGGCUGUGGGCAAUGUCAUCCCAGACCUCAAAGGGAAGCUGACAGGAAUGGCAUUCAGAGUGCCAACCCCAGAUGUGUCUGUUGUGGACCUGACCUGUCGCCUGGCCCAGCCUACCCAGUACUCAGCCAUCAAGGAGGCCAUAAAAGAAGCAGCCAAAGGGCCCAUGGAUGGCAUCCUUGCCUACACUGAGGAUGAGGUCGUGUCCACGGACUUUAUUGGCGAUACCCAUUCGUCUAUCUUCGAUGCUAAGGCCGGCAUCGCGCUCAACGACAACUUCGUCAAGCUCAUUUCCUGGUACGACAACGAAUAUGGCUACAGUCAUCGGGUGGUGGACCUCCUCCGCUACAUGUUCAACCGAGACAAGUGAAGCGGGCUGGACCGCCUCUGCUACCCUAUGCUCCCGGGCCAGAACCUGUCCCUCCUGUCCCUGCCCUCAGCUGCCCCGGCUUCCCCCCAGAAAGGUGGGCGUCCCGCGCGAGGGGCCUGCGCCGCUGGGCCAACGGUGAAAUAAAAACCCAGAGUGCUCACA